UGUUUCUCAUCUCAAACGAGCAGGAGCACACAGGGGGAGUAAUUAUUCAUGACUUAAAUGGCGGAGGAAAUACUUCUGGAAAAUGAUGGAAAACCCAGUGCGCAUCUCACAAAGCCUCUGCUGGCGGUGGCUUUCCUGGCUUCGUUCGGCAGCUCCAUGCUCUAUGGCUACAAUUUGGCAGUCGUCAACUCUCCUGCAGAGUACAUCAAAGACUUCUACAAUGAGACGCUGGUAGAAAGUUAUGGCUGGAAUCCAGAUGAGGAGCUCCUCACCGUCUUGUACUCCCUCACUGUGUCGAUCUUUGCGAUCGGUGGGAUGACCGGAGCCCUGCUGGUGGGCAGACUCGUAACCAAAUAUGGAAGGAAAGGGACGCUGGUGAGAUCCACUGUGCUGGUGUUUAUAGGAGGAGCGCUAAUGGGUUUCAGCAGAGGAUGCAGGAUGCCGGGUAUGGUCAUUCUUGGACGCUUCGUCACAGGAGUACACUCAGGUAUCUCUCUCAGUGUGGUGCCGAUGUACCUCGGUGAGAUCGCCCCCAAGAACCUGCGGGGCUUCCUGGGCCUUGUUCCCAGCAUUCACAUUUGUCUUGGAGUCUUCAUCGCUCAGGUGCUGGGACUCCAUGAACUGCUGGGAAAGGAAGAGAACUGGCCUAUGCUCCUGUCCUUGGUGGUGUUUCCAACCAUCAUCCAGCUAAUGCUGUUGCCAUGGUUUCCAGAGAGUCCACGGUACCUGUUGAUAGAGAAGGGAAAUAUUCACGCUACCAUCGCAGCCCUGAAAUGGUACCGUCCUAAAGGAAACAUCCAGGCGGAGGUUGAUGAGAUGCAGGAGGAACAGCGUUCUCUGUCCUCUAUCGAGACCGUUUCUGUAGGCAGCCUGCUCAUGGACCACUGUGUGCGCUGGCAGGUCAUCACCAUAGUGGUGGUCAACAUCGGCAUGCAGCUGUCUGGCAUUGAUGCAAUCUGGUUUUACACAAAUGAAAUAUUUAAGAACGCAGGAAUCCCAGAACCUUAUAUUCAGUACACAACUGUGGGGACUGGAGCCAUUGAGGUCAUCUCUGGGAUGCUGGGGUGUUUUACUAUCGAGCGUCUGGGCAGAAGACCUCUGAUGAUCGGCGGCUUCCUCUUCAUGGGACUCUGCUGUGCUGGGAUCACAGUGUCUGUCCUCUUUCAGGCGGAGCUGUCCCUCAUGCGCUACAUCAGUGUGGGCUGUGUUGUUGGGAUCAUUGCUGGCUUCUGCAUAGGUCCAGCCGGUGUGCCUUUCCUGAUCACUGCAGAGCUGUUUAAGCAGUCGCACCGACCGGCUGCCUACACCGUGGCUGGGUGCCUCAACUGGAUGUCCAACUUCACCAUCGGGUUCAUCUUUCCCUUCCUAGAGAUGUCUAUGGGUCCUUACUGUUACCUGAUCUUCUGCACAAUCUGCUUGGGAGUGGCAGUCUACACCAUCUUCAUUAUUCCUGAAACCAAGAGCAAAACCUUUAUGGAGAUCAGCCAAAUGUUCGCUGCCAAGAACAAAAUCCGAGAAGACGAGCUAAUGCCCAAUGGUCACCUCAAAAUGGCUCUGAUGAACGGAUAUGGAACACUUAGCGGAAAAUAAGACAGGAGUGAAGAGGUGGACCUACAUGUAAAUAAUGGCCUGUUCUCUCUGCGUGCCUUCCUGGUUCAUAAUGACUGGAGUAACUGUAGCAGAGAUAAAAGGUGAAACUGAGACCUGACGAGGUCUGCUGAAUCAUGUGGCAACUACUGCCAAUGCGUACACACAUUAUUGUAGCUCCUGUACGUUGUGUGAAACAGAAGUCACACGGUCAUGCGUUUCAAAUCAACCAUCAGUGACAUUUUAAUCCAUUUCUCAGCAUCUUAAAGCAUUUUUACGGGAGCUGAGUUGGUUUCUCACAGUGUUCUCAGAAGUUAUAAUCUCCAUAUUAGCUUCACUUUGUUCCAACACCUCCCAUGAUCACUUUAUUGUUCAUAGAAAGUGUUGAAUACCGUCUCUUUGUGUCUCAAUAAAGAUUGGAUGUAUUUAUUUAGUGACACAGCAAAAACCCCUCUGAGGCAGCACUUCCAUGAGUGAACUAUGGGAAGGCAUGAAAGCUAUUUCUCUGAUGUUUCACUCAGUGGUUAAAAGGUUACAAGACAUAGUGUGUAUAAUCUAAUAUUUACCGUUACUGGCUGUUUACAGUGUUCAGCUUAAGGGGAAUGUCUUGACCAAAAACUUGAGCUUGUUUGAAUUUGGUUCUGUUUGCAACUUUGCAUCUAUUGUAAGAGAGCUAGAUAUUGUGGCUGCUGAUCAUUUCUUACAUUUUGUCCAAAUACAUGCACAUAUUUGUGAGACGUGAUAAUUUAUCAAUAUAUCAUAACAAAAUCGCUGUAAAAGUUUUUUUUUUUUUUUUUUUUUUUUAAACUGGCCUGUUUUACAAGACCUCUUUGUAUAAAAUAUGGUGGAAAUAAAAUGGAGACUGUUCAA